AUGGUCGCCCACCUCCCGCCAGCCGUGAAGCACCUCCUCACUCUCCGCAACCCCAACUCGUUCCCGGGGCCGCCAGUCGCUAAGCUGAACGACGUGCUCACCCGCACGUUCCGGGAUGCCCAACAGAAGAAAGCAGAGAAGGGGUGGCUUACCCUCGCGACUUGCACGCUCUUGACAGCCAACGCCCCCCCUUCUGUCGGGCACCUCUACCGCUUCGCGACUAGAAAUGACCCAAGCGCCGCAGACACUCGCCGGAACUACCAGGAGGCGCUCAACAAGGCCGCCGCGAUGCGCGAGGCCGCAAUGAAGAGCUGCAUAUUUGUCGGUGUACCCCGCACCAUCCUUUCCUUUGCGGGCAUGUUCGAAGCCUUCGAAGAGGACGUCAAGAACGGUCUGCGGAAGGAACCCAAUCGGGUUGCGACACCGGAGAACAUCGAGGCAAUCAAGGCGCGGGGACAAGCUCUGUGGGACACAAUCUACCCGCCGCACGCGGUGAAGCUCUAUAACAAGUUAGGCGGGUAUCACCCCGAUUUCAUAGGUACCCUACGGCGCUGUCUCUCCCCGAUGCCUGGCGGUGACAGCGAACAAGGCAACCUCAGUCGCGCGCUAGGCUCCGUGGUCGGAACUGCGUGCCUGCGUGCCGAGGAGCACGUCGGACCUCAGCUCACGAGCCAUGUCUUUGGCCUUCUGAAGGCGCGUAAUGUGGAGGGUCUGAGCGAAGAAGACUACUGGCUGGCAACCGAUGAGGGUACGGAAUGGGUGAUCCGUACGGUAGACGAGAUCUUGGAUGUCGUGAAGCCGGAGGCUUCGUCCGCACUCGGGGCCAAGCUAUAG